AUGUCACGAUAUGGGGGAAGAGGUCGCCGGGGUGGCGACAUUUGCGCAAUCUUUGUGCAUGCUGGAGCAGGCUACCACAGCGUACAGAACGAAACCUUGCAUCUGCAAGCCUGUAACGAUGCUGCAAAGGCCGCCAUGGCAUUGCUUCGAAAUGGAGGCACCGCUGUAGACGCUGUAGAAAUUGCGAUCAAGAUACUCGAGGACCGCGAAAUCACUAACGCUGGGUAUGGGAGCAACCUCUCCAUGGAUGGAGUGGUUGAGUGCGAUGCUAUCGUCGUCGAUCAUCUAGGACGCAGCGGCGCGGUUGGUGCUGUUGCUCAAAUCAAGAACCCCAUAUCCCUGGCGCGUGUCUUACUUGAUCACACCACCAAGUCGUUGCUGCUGAAGCGUGUCCCUCCAAACCUUCUUGUUGCUCAAGGCGCUACCGAUUAUGCUUUCAGCCAAGGUAUCCCGGUCCUUCCUCACGAUGCACUGGUCUCUCCGGCAGCCCGAGAACGUUGGGUCAGAUGGAAGUCCGAUUUGGCAUAUGCGGAACGGAAGGCAUUACAGAUCGUGGCGCCUCCCAUAACUCAGCCUGAAUACAUCCCUGAGACGGUAGACCCACUAGCAGAGGAAAGAGAGCGCAAGCGGCUGCGCUCAAGGCAUACCCAGGCAAUGCUCCGGGGUGUGCCUGCUUCGACAACGAGGACCGAUUCUCCAAAGCCUGUGCCCACCCUCACCACCUCCUCGCCGAACUCCAACAUCACAUCAGAAUCCUCUGAAACCUGCAUGACCGCACCAGAUCCAUCAUCUGUGACACUUGUUGAAGGUGGACCUAAAAGAACCGCAUUCAAAGAAGCCAUUCACAAUCCCCUGAUAAACAGUACUCAGACUGUGCCAACAAUGUCAUCUCUUUCAGACACCGAUGAUAUCCCCAGGAUUUCGACGCCGGAUGUCGACAUGAGCGACGCCAAUGAUCACGCAGAUAUCCAGAUGGGAGAAGACCACAAGCGAAAGUCUGAAGCAUGCCAUGAUGGAUCGGGGGACGAGUCGGAUAUUUCGUCUCCGUCACUCGAACUUCCGUCCCUAACUCCUAGCCCUCCGCCGCAGGAGGCUGUCGAACAGCCUCUUCCAGAGUCACCUGUACAUGAAACGAGGCGUACUCUCCAACGCACCUCUACUGAGCUUCGCCACGUUGUUGAGCAUGCUCCUUUGCCGCCUCCACAGGUGCCUCGACGCGUCUCUAGUCAGGACAAUGCCGCUGAGCAGGGGCAAAAGCAAACUUCUGACCGAGGAAGACACCAGGAUCAUAUUACUGACACCGUCGGCGCCAUUGCGGUAGACUGUUACGGCAAUAUUGCUUGCGGAGCCUCCUCCGGUGGCAUCGGAAUGAAGUACCAAGGAAGGGUCGGUCCUGCAGCACUUGUUGGCGUCGGAGCUGCGGUGGUACCAUGCUAUCCCGAGGACAAGGACAAGGUAACGGUCGCCACUGUUACCAGCGGUACGGGUGAGCACAUGGCAACUACAAUGGCCGCAACAGUCGGAGCCGAGAGACUCUACCACAGCCUGAUGAAGGACAAAGAGAAUAAGCUACAACCCGUGUCUGAGGAGGAGGCAGUGAGGGCCAUGGUUGAGAAGGAGUUCAUGGGUCACCCAAGCGUCAAAAGCAGUCAUUCAGCCGGUGCGAUCGGAGCCAUGAGCGUCAAAAAGACCCGUGAUGGUGUCUACUUUUACUUUGCUCACAAUACCGACUCCUUCGCUCUAGCAUCCAUGCAUUCCGACGAGGACAGACCCACUUGCACCAUGUCUCGCAGCAUUGGCCCCGGCAUCAUCGCACAAGGUGGUCGCUGCUUGCGUUACAAGCGCAAGCGGUAG